GUUGUUGAGCGUGUGAUCGCGCAUCAGGUAUCACGUGGACAGGGUGAUGUAGAAGGAAUGGAAUAUUACGUGAAAUGGUGCGGGUUGCCGUACUCGGAAUGCACCUGGGAAGAGGAGCAGUUGAUUAUGCGUCGUUUUCAGAACAAAAUUGAUGCCUAUCAUGAAAGACGAAAAAAUGGCAAAAUUCCAAAUAAACACGGAUUGGUUCCGAGGAAACGGCCAAAAUUUGAAAAAUUGACAAGUAUCCCGAGCUUCCUGCAGCGAAAAGAUGAUUGCGAGCAGAUGCUGCGUGAUUAUCAGCUGGAAGGCGUAAACUGGUUGUUGCAUACAUGGACAAAGGGAAAUAGCUGUAUACUUGCGGAUGAAAUGGGUUUGGGAAAAACGAUCCAGUGUAUCGGUUUCCUGUCGGUACUGUAUCACAAGUACGAAUUGUAUGGGCCGUUCCUGGUUGUUGUACCGCUCAGUACGGUGGCUUCUUGGCAACAUGAAUUUGAGCUUUGGGCACCGGAUUUGAAUGUUGUUAUUUAUAUUGGUGACGUAACAAGCCGUGAUUUGUCGUUUCUCGGUUCGUUCGAAUGGGUUGCAUUAGCUGUCGAUGAAGCACAUCGUCUGAAAAAUCAUGAGUCGUUGCUUUAUCGUUCACUAUUCGAAUUUACAACCAGUCAUCGAUUGCUCAUAACGGGGACACCACUGCAGAAUUCACUGAAAGAACUGUGGGCUUUGCUCAGUUUCAUUAUGCCCGAAAAGUUCGAUAGUUGGUUGGAAUUCGAAGCGGAACAUCGUGAUUCCGACCAUAAAGCAAUUGCUUCAUUGCACCGGAAGCUUCAGCCAUUUUUGUUAAGACGCGUGAAAAAGGAUGUUGAAAAAUCGUUGCCAGCUAAGGUCGAGCAAAUCCUUCGUGUUGAUAUGACAGCUCAGCAGAAACAAUUUUAUAAAUGGAUACUAACCAAGAAUUACAAGGAGCUCUCGAAGGGUGUCAAAGGCUCAAUCAAUGGAUUUGUGAAUUUGGUAAUGGAACUGAAAAAGUGCUGCAAUCACGCAUCACUUCAAUUGCUGAAAUCAUCCGGGAAGUUGAUUCUUCUGGAUAAAUUACUCUGUCGGCUGCAAGAGACGGGGCAUCGUGUGCUGAUCUUUUCACAGAUGGUAAUGAUGCUCGAUAUUAUUCAGGAAUAUCUUCAACUCCGACGUUUUGCCUGCCAGAGAUUAGACGGAUCAAUGCGUUCCGAUCUUCGUAAAGCUGCACUGGACCAUUUUAAUGCACCGAAUUCAUCGGAUUUUUGUUUCCUCUUAUCAACACGUGCGGGUGGCCUAGGGAUCAAUCUGGCAACAGCUGAUACGGUGAUUAUAUUUGAUUCGGAUUGGAAUCCACAGAAUGACCUGCAGGCAAUGAGUCGUGCACAUCGAAUUGGCCAAAAGAAACAGGUGAAUAUUUACCGCUUCGUAACAAAAGCGUCAGUGGAGGAAGAGAUUGUUGAGCGGGCAAAACGAAAACUCGUUCUGGAUCAUCUUGUUAUUCAGAGGAUGGACACAACCGGUCGAACAGUGCUUUCCAAGUCCACAGUAACGAACGGCUCGAUGCCAUUUGAUAAGCACGAAUUGGCGAUGAUUUUAAAAUUUGGUGCCGAGGAGCUCUUCAAAGAGAAAGAAGGCGAGGAGCAGGAGCUGGAAGUUGAUAUCGACAAUAUUUUGCAAGGUGCCGAAACAAGGGAAUGCGAUCAGCAGGAUUCGGGCAGUGAAUUGCUUAAUGCAUUCCGAUAUGCUGAUUUCGCAUUUGAUGAGAACAAAGAUGUGCCGACAUUAAACAACCCAACCGAAGUGGCGCAUAAUGAACUGGCAGCAAAAUCGUGGGAUGAUAUUAUCCCGGAAGCGGAUCGUAAAAAAUUCGCAGAGGAAGAGCGAGAACGGGUCGAGAAGGAGCUUUUCUUGGGACCAAGACAGAGAACAAAAAUAACAGAAGCGAUACAGCAGAAAGCUGCAAAAUCCAUGCUGUACGUGCUGAUAAGAUCUGAUAAUUAA